CGAAAAAAAAGAAUAGUAACUACACCUGCUUAAUUCGCCUUUCCUCGAUCGAAUGGCUUCCAGUGCUAGUACUGAUUCUGUUGUGAAAGCCGGAUACUGGAUUUUCGGGAAAGACCCUAUACGGCCGGUAGCAGAUAUAGCUUCCGAACUCUUCACACAUCUUUAUGCUGGCUUUGCCGAGGUCAACGCUAAUGAUGGCACGGUCACCAUUCCUGAGCAAUACUCGGAUCAAUUCCGAACCUUCACCGAAACCGUUCGAGUACGAUCCCCUCAAGUGAAAACUCUUUUAUCCAUCGGUGGUGAAGGCUCUCCCAUAUCUCCAGUGGUCGAAGUUGCAGAUAAGCGUCAAACAUUCAUAACGACCUCCAUAGCUCUAGCCAGGAACCUCGGUUUCGAUGGCCUUGACCUCUGCUGGCUGUACCCUAAUUCCUCGACCGACAACCCUGACAAUCUCACGUCACUCCUGCAGGGGUGGCGUACUGCCGCGGAGUCGUUGCUGCUAACUGCAACGGUGUUUCACCACCCGGUCAUAGAGGGUAACAUUACUUUCAAUUAUCCCAUUCAGGCUAUUAAUGAAAAGUUGGACUGGAUCAACGUACUGGCCGUUAACUUCUAUACUCCCUCCAACUCACCCACUAAGACAGGACCGGUUCAUGCGUGGCGUAAUCCUCGAGAGCAAAACAAGUGUGGAAGUGAAGGCAUUUAUAACUGGAUUAAUGGAAUUGAUCCUAAUCCUGAAAAAAUUGAGACCAAUAAGUUGGUCCUCGGCCUUCCAUUUUUUGGCUAUAAAUGGACUCUGACAAACAGCGAUCAACGUGAUUUCUUUGCAGACGCUAAUACUGCAACGUUAACCUCCUUAGCGUUCAGAAAUAUCCAGGCGGACUAUAUCAACAUUAAUAUUGCAGGCCGUCUCGUGAAUGAUCACGACAUGUUUGUUGCCUCCUACUGGCAUCACGAGGUUACUUGGAUUGGUUUUGACGAUAAGCAUAGCAUCGCUACUAAGGUUAAGGAGGCGAUUAGGGGAAAUAACUUGGGCGGUUACUUUGCAUGGGAUCUGGCCGCCGAUGACGACAAUUGGACUCUCUCAAAAGCAGCUUCAAAUGCAUGGGAUAAUGGUAUUAACAAUCCUGGUAGUACUACUACUAUUACUACUGUUACUACUAAUACUGGUAGUACUAUAACUACUACUACAACUACAACUACUACUGCUGUUUCUAGAGAUGGGGAAAUUACUAAGACUGUUCUUACUGAUACUACUACUGUUCCUGUUGGUGCUGCUUCUGGAGAAGAAGAUAUUAAUAAUGAUACGCAAACUUCAGAUCAAAACACUCGUUCUAGGACAAGUACUACAACUACUACUACUACUACUACUACUAGUGCUACUACUACUACUACUACUGCUACUAGUAGUAGUACUAGUUCUGUUAAUAUAUGUAACAUAUUAUAAGAUGCUUGUAAUAUCAACAAUAAGGCCAAUGGCCUACUAGCUGGCUAUAUAUCAUGCUGUGUGGUACCUACGUUGUGUGUAAUAUUAUUAUUAUAGAAUCGUGUAUUAUUAUUAUUAUCAUCAAUAAGGUUAAUCUUGUGACCAAUUGUACGAGAUGAUGAUCAAUGUUCUCAUGUCUUUUUCA